AUGAUGGACACAUCUGCAGUCAAAGAAACCAGUGUGAAAACUGUACUGCCAUCCAGAAGAAGUGUACGACAGUCACUGCGUAACAAGAAAUACAAAUUCGAUCCAUCUGAUCUGAAGCCUAAACCUCGAACGUCUAGUCUCACAUCUGCUGCAUGUAAGAUCAAUGGGACAAUCAGUGAAGACUCGUCAGCAAGCAAGUCGAGCGACUCCUCCCUGAAAUCUACCAGUGGUCCAACGAAUGGUUUGCCUUCAGUUGCUGCCUCCAACUCUGUUCAGAAAACUGGCAACAAACAGCGUCUGACCAAAGUGUUUACCAAGACUGGCAUUAAAUUUAGCAUGAAGCCUCGCAAGCGUAGCGGCAAGAGGUCCAAAUCAGUGGCUGCACAGAUUGAGCAGACAAAGGAAGGAUGCAUUGACAUGACUCCCGAUUCAAUUUUGUGUAAAACCAAUCUCAAGACAUUGUUAAAUUACAACACGUUCAGUAGGCUGACCAGCGCCUACCAGCACAAACUGGUCACCUUGCUGCCGCAGUGUGAUCAGAUACCUGGCCAGGAGGCCGGAGAUCUCAGGUUGAGUGUCACGGCUCUCAGCAACGAGUUCUUCACCAAGGCUUGUGGAGAAUGGACAGAAAGACUCUCAGAAGGAGAGUUUACGGCUGACAGACAACAGCGCCUCAAGGAAGAGAAUGGCCAGAACCAGGACAAGAUGGACGAGUGGAAGGCAAAACACUUUGAACCAGUCUGGGGCCACAGCAAAAUUCUGACAGAUGUUCCUAAAGCAACAGGACCAUCAAGCAACAGAUCAAGUUCUGAGAAUAUUCCUACAGCCAAAACAAAACCAGGUCUCAAGUCCAAUAUGCGAGUUUCUUCCCUCAUUCACAAACGCGCGUUAAAACACCGAGGACUUCGAGCGGGUCUGGACAGCUCAACACCCACUGCAAGGAAACUCUGGAAGUGUGGUGAUGAGGCCUUGUCUCCGCCAGCCAACCAUUUGUCCUCAGACUUGGCCUCAGCCUCUCCGAUUCCAGCUUCCGCCUCAUCGUUAUCAGAGUCAUCUCCAAACUCCACAUCUUCCCUGACCAGUAGCAGCUCAUCGCAGGACUCUGCCAUCGCUGCCAGCAGAGAGAUGCUAGCCAGACAGGUGGAGCAACUCAGGUCUGAAGACAGAACAGAGAUUUUGGGAGUGACCCCUGCUAAAAAAAGGCGAGUUUUGGAAUCAUCUGCAGUCGAAGCUGGGCGACCUCCGCAACAAAUGCAAGCACAUGCCAGAAUGCUGUCGCAGGUUCGGGCUGAGACCCAAGUUGCCAGGUCCAAGACUUUUAGUGUGUCACCGACCUCCACCCAUAAACCGACACCUUCAACAGCCUCCUCGGCUGAAAGUCCAAACUCUUUACAAAGGAUAACCCGAACUGUGACCAUGACCUCCACAGGAAUCAUCAUCAAAACUCAAGGCCAGACUCGAACAUUGGCCCAGAUCAAGGCUCAGACGCAAGCAGCCAGGGCUGUGACCUCCAGUCCAGCAGCGGUGACUCAGACACCAGCCAACCAGACCAUGAGAAGCUUAUUAUCCACAGGGCCCGGCAGUAAAACACCUGGUCAGACACGGACGUUGGCACAAAUCAAAGCUCAGACGCAGGCUAGAGCUCCCAUACAACCUCAGUUACUGCAGUCAGCUUCAGCAGAUGGAGCCUCCUGUUGCCCCCAUGUGCCCAAUAUUUUAUCUGCCUCCAGUAGCAAGUUGCAUUCUUCUUCUGAUCAGCUCGGGGGUCUGGCCUCGGAUGUCAACCUCCGCAGAUCUAUGCAGAUAUGUCAGGCAGAACUCAAGAAAAGUCUCAGCAAGUCUGGGGCAGUUUCAGGGACCAGUACCGGCACUAAUUUAACCCCACCCCCUCUUCCUCCACAAACUCCUCCCCCUCUCUCGCAGUCACAGUUGAGCAGUGCCUCAAAAAUCUUGUUUUCCCAGUCAAGGACCUCGCCAGGCCCGGGGCAGACAGUAAGUGCUGGUCACAUGACAGGAACACCACCCCCACAGCAACACUUCAUACAGCCAGUCUCUCCAGCAAAACCUUCUUCCAGGUCAGUGACUCCAACAGCAGUGGUCAUCAGCAGGGGAUCAGUCUCUCCAGUAGCCACAAAAAUCCUGACAUUUCCUGGUUCUGUGGUCUGCUCCUCUGGCCAUGGCUUUGAUGGGACAAACAACAAAAUCAUCGUGGUGUCGUCCAGCGUCAGUCCUGUCCGGGAGACAUCGGGCACCCUCUUGUUCCUGAGCAGCGGCAGUGCCAUUCAGGGUGGCUCUUUGAAAGCUUCUGCCCUGUCUUCCAGCCAGACCAGUUUGAUAGUUGCCUCCACUUCCCCUGCUCCUUCGACAUCCCCAGGGGUGUCUCAAGUACAAAGACGAUAUCUGACACAGGAAGCUUUGCGAGCAUUCCUGAAUGCACCCCCACGGGCCGCCAGUGCCCCUCCCAACAACACAGAUACAGUGGUAGAAACACAGACAACUGCUUCUAUCGUGAGGUCAGCCAGUGUAGGUCAUCACGGGGUUGUGUUAACACAGCCGCCUGCAACAACGGCGACUUCCCCAGCUUCGCGAAGCACUCCCCCCACACACAAAACAUUCACUGUCUCAUUAGGGGACGUACCACAGAGCUUCAGCAUAGAAACUCUCAACAGUACUCGUGCCAGCUCACCCUUACAGACUCCUAGAGCUGCCUCUCCCGCUCUUCACUCUGCUGGUGGCCUUCUAGCAAACAAUCAUAUACAAGUGUUUUCUGCGACUUCCUCCCCGGAGACGGCCUCGUCCCCAUCAGCAAUACCAGGCAGUUUUAGUGUCCACAAAGUGGACCUUUCCUCUCUGCCCACAUCUGUCAGCCCAAACAUCCAGCAUGCGAUUCCUCCGCUCAGGUUUUCCUCGUGUCCCAUCAUUGCUUCUUCAGGCUCUGCUAGUCACACAAUUUCAGGUAAGAAAUUCAGUACGGCUCGGAUUAUUCACGUCUCGGGGCCGGGCAAACAGCUGUCCAGCCCUUUAGCCCAGCUGUCCAGCCCUUCCAAACUGGGCAAUGUGGUCACCUUCCAUCCCUUGGUCACCCUGUCCUCUAGCAACAGCCAGCAACUGUCCGCGCUCAGGUCUCCUGCCAUGGUCAGUGUCCAGACAUCAUCAUCAUCCUCAUGCGAGCACCACUCAGGGCUUCCCAGUGACCAGGGCUCAGGCUCUUCAUCAUCAUCAUGUGCCUGCAGCCACAAGGCUAUGGUUGUAUGCAAAAAAUGUGGUGCUUUUUGCCACAACGACUGUAUCGGUCCGUCACGACUUUGUGUCACAUGUCUGAUAACUAUAUGA